UUCCAACGAGUGGAGAUAGAUUGAUCCAAUGAUCAUUCAUCCGCUCAUUGCUCUUCUGCAAGAAUGGUUCAGAUAGUUGGAGAGAGCCAAGGAGAUGAGGCAGGAGAAAGAGCUCUCACAGAUGUUGCCUGAAUCAAGGCAGAUCAAUGCAGCUAUGCCUUAUGUGCCAUCCAGAUUACUUUUCCACACUGAACUCAUGCUUCAGUCAGAGCUACCUCUUCAGUGUACACUCAAAAGAGAAGUCAAUAUGCAGAGCAGGAAUACCCAGGUUCAGGCCAUUCAGACUCUAAUAUUGGAGAAUUUAUGGUCCUGACUCCUGAGGCACUGUCAUAUGCACAACUGACUAUGAUGAUAUUUCAGAUGUUGACACAUCACUUAAUCUGUGAAAAAGUUUUACAAUGUUAGUCUAUCUAGU